AACCAUCCUGUGAAAGUAAACUCAUUUUAAGUUCAAGGAGAAAUUAUUGGUUUUGCAGGAAAUGUGGAUAGCUAAAUGCUCCCUUGAUUUUCAUUUUCAACCGAAACAGACCGGCUGGGUUGAUAGAUCGUUAGCGACCUUCGUCAGUUCCAGCUGAGGAGUUACGCGAAGUCACUCCUCCAGAAGAGCCUUUUAAUUAACAAACUCGGUCAAGAACUGAACAGCUCUGGACUUUUUAAUGGUGAAGUGCAUUGACAAUGCUAUCCAGUUCUAACCCCGUGCCCAAGCUAUACCUCUCAGUUAUCGAUGAUGUGAUCGACAGCCUGAGGGAGCUCUUUCUGGAUGAGGGGAUGGAAGAACGUGUGCUGGAAGACCUGAGACAGCUGUGGGAGUCCAAGGUCAUGCAGUCGAAAGCAGUGGAGGGCUUCCUGAAAGACACCCUCAACCCAUCCAACUUCGUUCUGCAGCUCCCACCGAACUACACACAGACUCUGCACAAACCCACUGCUUCAGUAGUCAUUCCUGCAAGUCAAAAUGUUCAGAGUUUCACCUCUAAAGCGAACAGCACUGCUAGCCUUGCUACCUUCUCUCUUCCACCGGGAGUGAGCUACCCCGUUCAGAUUCCUGCUGGGGUCACACUGCAGACGUCGUCGGGUCACCUGUACAAGGUCAACGUCCCUGUGAUGGUGACCCAGGCCCCCGGGGCCAACCGCAUCCUCUCGCAGCCUGUGCAGCACAUGCUGGACCCCCGGGAGCCCCCAGCGCCCCAGAGGGUCCUACCCCCCACCAUCCUGCAUGCCUCGCCCCCUCAGGUGAAGGAUCUGUACGCCCCGCCCCCCUCCGCUGGGCCCCUCCUCCGCCCGCCUGUGGCACAGCAGCAGCCUCCGCAGCCUCAGCCUCAGCAGCAGCAGCAGCAGCAGCAGCAGGUUCUCCAGAACCAGUGCGCCCGGCCCCUCCCCCCCGCCGCCGCGCCGCCUCCUGCGGUCGUCCAGGCCCCGGUCCUGCCCCCGGAGAGCCCCGGAGACGAUCAGUUCACCCUGGAGGGCAUAGAGUUCAGCCCGCGGCUGCUGGACGCCGGCCUGGCCACGCCCUCUCUCUGCGACUUCCAGGCCUCGUCGGGCCAGACGCCGGCCUCGGGGUCUGAGGUCGGAGCUCGAGGGGAGAAGGCGGUGCUUAAAGAGGACGUGGGGACCUGGACAGAAAGGGCAGAGAACGCCAAAUCUGAGAGUCCUACCAAGCUGGAGGCGGGCCCACCGCUCGACUACAACCACAACGCGCUGGAGGACAUCGUGCAGCUGGACGGCGCCUGCGGCGGCAGCAGCUCGGAGGAGGAAGAAGAGGAGGAGGAGGAAGAGGCGGGCGAGGGGGACGGGGACGGCAUGACGGAGAACGAGUUCUUGGGCAUGAUCAACGCCGAGGCGUUGCGCUCCCUGCAGGAGGGGGAGGGAAGCACGGCCGGGGGCUCCUCCGACAGCUGCAGCGACGACGCCGACGGGCUCGCCGAGGAAGAGGUGGAAGAGGACCCGCUGAAUUCGGGGGAUGAUGUCAGCGAGCAGGAUGUCCCAGACCUCUUUGACACAGACAACGUUGUUGUGUGUCAGUACGACAAGAUCCAUCGCAGCAAGAACAGGUGGAAGUUCUACCUGAAGGAUGGGGUGAUGUGUUUUUGUGGAAAAGAUUAUGUCUUCUCCAAGGCUGUGGGGGAGGCGGAGUGGUGACCGAGGAGUGCUUGUUAGAUCCAGGCGUCCUGUAGGUCAACACAGCUGUGCGGGGAAACCAGACAUAAUGAGAAAACUUGCCUAAUGUGUUCAGAACUUAACCUAACGAGAGCACCGCCAGAGAUUAAGUCAAUUCAAGUCAGUGGGAAGGAACCGUGGUGACCAGCAAGCUGGGGGGGGGGGGGGAAGGCGGCGAAAGCCUUCUCCUGCCACAAAUGGAGCUUCUGGGCUCAGAGAGAAUUUAUAAUGAGCCAUUACUGUGAAUGGCUUUUUGAGUUUCCGUUUAUUUAUGUUGUUGUUUAUGUUGCAUGGUGUAAUGCCAUUAAAUUCAAAUCGAGCUUGUUUGUGGAGCGGCUCUGGGGAAUGCUAAUGAGGUCUGUACUUGCACAUUUAUUCAUGUGGUGUUUUCUGUCUGGCUUAAAAACCUUUCUUUUUUGAGCAAGCGAUGCAGACUGUUUACAUUUUUUGCUUUAUUUAUAGAUAUUUAAUUCAUUUUUUGAGUUUGUGUAUAAAUUCUGCUAAAUGGCGAUAUAGUGUGGUGAAUAUAUGAUUUUGGAAUCUUCAGCAGGUUAUCUGUUUGGGUUCGAUUGAUAGGAUUGCCUGAAGCCAAGGGGUGAAAUGUGACCUCAUCGUUUUCAAAUUCUCAUACAAGUUGUUUUGAUUCAGUAAAAUUCAAAUACAUUUGAAGCAUA